AUGGCCAACACCCAUGCUAAUUCAGCGGCGAGCAAGCUCAGCCUAAAGCUCCUCAUCGACACGACCGCGCAAAAAGUCUUGUUUGCGGAAGCUGGCAAGGAGGUAGUGGACUUCCUAUUCCGCCUCCUCUCGCUGCCUCUUGGCUCCAUCGUGAAGCUCCUCUCCACGGACCGCUUGCAAGGCUCCAUUGGCAAUCUGUACAAAAGCAUCCAGGAACUCAACGACUCAUACCUUCAAAACAGCAAAGGAAAAUCCAUCCUCCUCAAUCCAAUUCGCUCCAUCUCUGCCUCCCUGCUCCUCCCGGGACCUUCUUCCUCCUCUAAGAAUGUUUACUUCCGGUGCGCCAAUGUAAAUAAUUACUCUGGCUGCUAUGGGUACGUUUCCAAAGUGAAUGGAGCGCUCUGCCCCAAGUGCAAUAAUAUCAUGACUAAGCAAAUGAUAUAUGUGGGAGGUCAUGAGGAGGACGAUGAGGAUCCAAACAUAGGAUUUGUGAAGGGAGUUGUGACGUAUACUAUCAUGGACGAUCUGACGGUGACGCCCAUGUCCAGCAUCUCUAGCAUUACCCUCCUAAGUAAGUUUAACGUCAAGAAUUUGGACGCACUUGUCGAGAGGACUGUGACACUAGGCUUCGACGAGGCUCUGGAGGUGUUGGCGAUCUCCUUGCGGUCGAAGAAGGUCCUCACCAGCGUGUUUCUUGGCAAGAAGUAACCCCAUCGUCAUGCAAUUAACUACGGAACGGGUUGGUAGCAUACAAAAUUACAUUUUGCUGUUUGUAAUUAAAGACAGAUAUAGAAUCUCUGCAUUUUGGGGGCUUAUUUUGGCAGCGCAUGACAAUGU